ACUUACCGUCUCGGAAACUCUCAAUCACGCAAGCGAAAGGAGAGGAGGCGGCUAAUCAAAUAUUGAGAAAGUCGCUCGGGGCGCGGGGGUCACGUGGGUCUGGAGGCUGCGAGCCCGGGAUAAAUACCGCCAGGCACCGAGCGGGCGAAGCAGCGCGCCGCGAACUCCUCCUCGCCGCCGCUGCACCGGAGCGCGGGAGUCCAGCCGCCGGAGGAGCCCGCGACCUGAGCCUCGCAACAUUCAACAUGAAAAUCCUCGUCGCCUUGGCGGUCCUUUUUCUUGUCUCCACUCAACUAUUUGCUGAAGAAAUAGGAGCCAAUGAUGAUCUGAAUUACUGGUCCGACUGGUCUGACAGUGACCAGAUCAAGGAGGAGCUGCCGGAGCCCUUUGAGCAUCUUCUGCAGAGAAUCGCCCGGAGACCCAAGCCUCAGCAGUUCUUUGGAUUAAUGGGCAAACGGGAUGCUGAUUCCUCAAUUGAAAAACAACUGGCCCUGUUAAAGGCUCUUUAUGGACACGGCCAGAUCUCUCACAAAAGGCAUAAAACAGAUUCCUUUGUUGGACUAAUGGGAAAAAGAGCUUUAAAUUCUGUGGCUUAUGAAAGGAGUGCGAUGCAGAAUUAUGAAAGAAGGCGCAAAUAAACUACCCAACAAAUUAUUUAUUUCAGCUUCAUUUGUGUUAAUGAGCAAUGAAAGAAAAAUAAGACAUGCACUAGGAGGAAUAAUUAUUUAUUUAAUAACAAUUGUUGUUUUGAGUUGAAAACUCAAAAGGAGUGUUUAUUAUUCAUAUUGUGCCAAUAUGUGUUGUAAACACGUGUUGUAAUUAUAAUAUGAUGACUCCCUCAGAAGUAGAAAUUGAUGGGAAUUUCACAACAAAGCACAGUGUUCAGUGAAAUUGUAAAACAAUGAUAGAAGCUCCAAAGAAAGAAUUGCUUUGAAGCAGUCGUAUCAACUACUGCUAAAAGGGAAGGAAAUUCCUGAUGGUCUCAUGCUUGCCCUGGUAUUUUUCAUGGCCAACAUGCUGAGAUUUUGGUAUCAAACUAUAUUUGUAUCCCUGAAGCAUGUUUCAUGUUUUGUGACUAUAUAGAGAUGUUUUUAAAAGUUUUAAUGUGACUCAAAGGUCCUCAUUCCAUUGUAUGAUGUGUUGUGAUAGCUAACAUUUUAAAUAAAAGAAAAAUAUAUUGAC